CUCUCUUUCUUGCUCAUUCAUUUAUUUAUUCAUUCAUUUACUCGCUCACUCACGAAUCUGAAACUCGCGUGUCCAGUUCGUGAUCGUGCGCUGUGCGCGUGUCCUUCCUCCUCGCUCUUCUGCGGGACGCGGAGCUCAUUCAGAAAACACGGCUCACACUGACCACAUCAUGCUGGACUGAGCGGAAGGACCAGCAGCUGAAGUUCAGCUUCUCUCAAGGGACUCUGGAUUUCUAGCCCCACCCCUGGCCAACGCUAUGACUCAGGAUUUAAACAUAUGUCUGUGAGAGCCUCUCGGAGCCUAGGACAGCCCAUGUUCUAAAGGUCAAGGGCCCAGAGCUGGUCGCUGGCCAUGCAGGCCCGGACAUCUCCACGGAGCGAUACGCUAGUGUCUGGCAUGUUCUCUUGCAACGGCACCUCCAUCAAGGACUGGAGCUUCUUCUUGUCGCAGAUCUUGCCGCUGGUGAACAAGUCAACUGGCCUGGUGCACCAAGGCAUGGAGAAAGCGGAGGCGGUGACCAGCAGUGUCAUGGCGACGGCCCUGGAGCCCGACCUGGGCGGGAUGAGCGCCAGCCGGCCACCGCUGAACUCCAACCACACAUCCGGCAUGGAGCACAUCUUCCGUUAUUCAUACUCGGAGGACGACCUCCUGUACACGGAUUACAGAACGCCACCCAGGGACUCCAUCCCCCUGCCCAAAGCCGUGCUCUACCUGCUGAUGGUGGCCCUGGUGGUGGUCGUGGUGGCGUAUGCCAUCGUGGGUCACCUGGUGAAGGACCUGGUGCACGAAUUCGUUGAAUGGGUGUUUGGGCCUCGUUCAGCAAACCGCAGGAGCAAAAGCGACGUCAGCUGCAUCACUGGUAACGCCAACGAGAUGAGCGAACUCCCUCGUGUGGUGGAAACAAACUACGUUACCCACAACCACUCUAACUGCCCAGGCACCUUGAAGCCUGAGGAGCUGGUGAUCACCAUUGACGAAAGCUCACAGCUUCCUAAUGAAGCGUACAGUGGGACCUAGCUGUGGACGGCAAUCUUCCGUCAUUUGAUCCAAUCCCUUGUGGCAAAGAAGGGGCUAAAAGGCAGUAAGUUUGCUUGCAGGCGAAAGGAGCGUGAUCUGUUGGGAACCAACACUAAACUCACUGUUCAUCGCUUACUGCAGCCGUGUGACUUUUGGGUGGAGACUUGGCAUGGAAGGUGUAGAAUCUGAGAAACCUGUUGAAGGGAAUCGCAGAAGAACAAUGAGGAACGAUAAGGAACAAUGAGGCCUGAGGUUGAACAUUAACCAGCAGAUCUCUCUGCAUGGGGCUGCUUUGGCAGCCAAGGAAUGCUAAAGUGGAUUUACAGCCAAGACGAAUCUUGUGGAUCGGAGCACAUUUCUGUUUUCCAUUCAUCUCAUUGGCUCUUUUAUAUCAGUUUUGUUAAGCCAGAAUGACACUGUGGUCGUAUUCUUUUGUGAUCAUUUCUUUCUUGACCAAUAAUCCCUUCUUUCUUUGUUUCCUGAUGCUGUAAAACCCAACAGUGAGCAUGCUCAGAUGAUGUGAUUACUGUAAGAAUGAUGAGACUGCAUUAACAUUCAACUGCUAGGCAAAUAUUCCAAAGUACUAAUGUGAAACCUAGUAAUAUAGAUACAUAUCUUGGUAAAUUUGAAACAGCUCCAUACACAAAUGGACAAAAACAACAUAUAAUAUGUUUACAUACAGUAUCUCACAAAAGUGAGUGCACCCCUCACAUUUCUGCAAAUAUUUUAUUCUAUC